UUGGGCCAGGCCCAUAUUGUUUCGACAAGAUAAUAGAAGAAACUGAAUGCAUUGCAGGUUCAGUUGCUGAAGAAGUAAAGCAUGGCGAUUCUUUCUUCUCUUGCAAUUCCUUCAACAACUCCCAAAUUUCGGUUUCAGCCGUUUCGAUGCCAACCCUAUCAUAUCCGUAGAUGCUCAGGAAUUCAUCGUCGUCGUCCAACAAUUUAUACUCCUACAACUUCAAUUAAAGCAUCACCGGCAGAAGACCAUAAUGAGCCUAAUGAAGUUAAGAUGCAGAUUGGGAUCGUGAAGGAGAAACUCAAAGAAGCAAUGCCAAGCUCGGUUCAAGAAUUUCCUUGGAGAAAAGCUCAACAUACACUUCUAGACAGACUACUUCUUCUUGUACAGGAGGCAUUAAAGUGGUCUCUUAUUAUAUAUUUUAUCUUUGGUUCUUUAUCGGAUGUUGUAUAUACAUUCUUUAUAAAUUGGGAACUAAUCAUUCCAGUUGGCCUCUUUGUUGGCUGCCUUAUGGCUGAUUUCUUCAAGGAAAUAUCCCAGGAACUGUUUCGUGGAUCCGAGGAGAAUGAUUUGAAAUUGCGUCGUUUGGGCUUGUGUUUCCUUUUUGUGUUUGUCAAGUUUACAUCGACAUGGUUUGCAACACAACCAAGGGUGUUUUUUUUGCAUGUUGCAAAUGGUGGACUGAUGCAGCUACUGUGGUAUUGGAGAAAUUUAAUGGAAGAUGCAAAGAACAGACAGGAAAAUAGCACGGCUUCCGCUUUCGGAGCAUAGAUGGAUGGUGGAGUUUGAAGUUUUAGCGCACCAAACUGACACUAACUUCAAAUUUCUACAAAUAUGUAGCCCAUUUGAUUCGGUAAUCUUUCAGCCUGUUUCACCUUUCCUUCGUUAAUCGUUGGUAUCAUUUAGAAGCUACUAACUACUGCCAAUCAUCUUGUUCAUAUGAACUAGUUAUACUCCCAGCUUAUUCAAGUGGAUGAAACAAACCCAAUGGAGCAAGUUAUGAGCAUCAUGUAACAUAGAUGAACAUAUAGUUACCUUACCCUGUUUUGUUAGUAUGUAUUGCCAAUUAAACAUCUAGAAAGUGAUGUUAUUGUUUGUUUGUGCCUUUAAUCAAAUUCAUGCAAAUAGUAGCUCACCUAACGGGGUAAAUAUCUAUCAAGGAAAUAGUACACAUUUUACCUAAACCUAA